CGUAGGCUGCCGUUGCUGCCGGCCGUCCCCCCUGCCCCCCUUUUGCCCUCUCCGCUAUGGGCACCCCGCACUUUUAAACCCGGGGCGGUCGCCCUCUGCGCCGCCCCGCGGUGGGGGGCGGGGGGCACCGUGAAUUAAUUAAAAAUCGCUAUUUAGGUGGUUAUUCAUUGCCCCGCUCCGGGCAUGUGAACAACCACCGCCCCCCACCCCCAGCGCCAUGCCGGCAGCCUGCACCCUGCUGCUGCUGCUGGGGCUGGUCCCUCCGGCCGGGUCAUUGCCCCUUGCUUCCCCACGGCGUCUUCCUCCUCGUCCUCCUCCUUCGUCCCGAAGCCGCCUCGGCCGCCCUUGCUCGCCUCCCGCCGCGGGACACGCCGGCAGCCCGGUCAUUGAAAGCACCAGGCAGGCAAGGAGGUCAGAUAUGGAGAUGAGGACUUCUGGUGCACUUCUUGCGGAUGGCGUGGAGCUGGUGACAAUGAUGGCCAGGAAUGGGGAGCAGACGUUGCUGCCUGCCAGCCAUGGUGCUGUGCUGGCAGCGGGUGAGGUCACGAUGCAUGUUGGUCCUCUCAGCGGCCAUAGGGAUGCCACCCCACCAGGAGCAGGACCCUCAGACAGCCCAUCUGCUGGGAUAGCGACCCACCUACCCACUCAUAACCAUCCUCCUGCUGAAGGAAGUCAUCACUGUGCUGUGGGUAGCCGAGAAAGAGACAAGAGGGCUUUGGCUUCUCCCAGCCCUCCCGCAACUACUGAGAGGACGCCACUGGUUUUGGCAGCCAUCAGCACAGAUUCUGCUGAGAGGACUCUGGGCAGGCACCACAGAGGCUGGGACGUGGUGGAGUUUGACAGCACAACGAGGACAGGGCUGCCUCCUUCAUCCACAGAGACUCGUCACCCAGCCAUUGGAAGCAGCUACCAACCAUCCAGCGUCUUGGCCACAGAGAGGAGAGUUUCGGAUUUCCCCACCACCAGCACCUCCAUUUCCACAACAGCCACCGAGGGUGGAGAGAGGACGUUAAGGUCUGUGCCAGCCAGUGCCAGGCUGGCUGCUGCAGCAGAGAUUUCCACCUCUGGUACUGAAAUCACCAGCUCUUCAGAUCAGAGUCAGUCCUCCUCAGGAGCCCAGGGCGGUGGUGGCAGAGGUGCCACAGACCCGAUCCUCACAGGCUCGCCGUCUCCUUCAGAGAGCACUUCCACAACCUUUAGCAGCCAUUAUGAACCCAAGAGCAUCGCAGCUGCAGAAGAGGUGACUCUGUACUUGGACACCCAUGGCGGUGACAUGCCCAGUGUGGCAGCAGGGGCAGAGGUGUCCCCUGCAAACAGCCACACUGCCAGGCUUACAAGGGACUCUGCCACCAGAACCAACCCUACCAGGUCUUUGGGCAGCACCUUCUCCUUGGGGGCCAGGACACACCAUCCUAACAGCCCACAGGAAACCACUGAUCUUCCAACACCUCCUGGGGAGCCUUCACUCACAAGCUCCCUCUCUGCCUUUGGAAGUACUUCAAAAGGUGCGAGAAGCAGCCACCGACCAGUUAACAGCUCAACAACAGAGAAAACCCCCCUUGCUUCCUCUCCCACCAGCACUUUAAUUUCAACCAAGGCCACCAGCAGCAGCAGAAGGCCCCCAAGGUUUGCCACAGGCAGCAGUGGAUGGGCAGCAGAAGCCUCCACGUCCAGCAAUGGCAUUUACAGGACCUUGGGCACAAUUCAAUCCUCAUUCACAUCCUCUGUGAGAGAGACUUCUGGAGUUCAUAGGCCCAGAGAAAUCAUGGAUUUCACUGAGCAAGUGGCAGACCCUUGGCUAACACGCUCUGACUCUCCUUCAGAAGGUCCUUCCCGAGCUACUGGAAGCAGCCAUGUUUCAUUCAGCAUCCUGUCAACAGAGAGAAGAACCAGCUACCCUACUACCGGUGCCUCCAUUUCCAUAACAGCCACAAGGGGUGGAGGGAGGACAUUAAGGUCUCUGCCAGCCAGCACCAGAUUGACCCAAACAACAGAGAUUUCCACCACUGCUACCAAAACCAUCAGCUCUCCAGACCAUACCUGGUCCCCUUCAGGAGCCCACAGUGGUGGUGGCAGAGGUGUCACUGUGUUGCUCACAGGCUCACCACCUGCUUCAGAAAGUGCUUCCCCAGAAAGGACCUCAGCUAUGGGAGGACACCUGCCUGAUGUUACCAGUACACCCAGUUCAGUGGUAGCCACCAGUGGUGGGGAGAGAAGCACAGUACCCAUAUCAGAUGCCCAUGAAGCAUUCGGCACUUCAGAGAGCUCCAGUCCUGCUCCUCUCCACACCAGCUCCUUGUAUGGGGUUGUUCUGCUGUCCUCAUCAGCAAUAGAGCCUGGAAGGCAGAGCCAUAUUUCACAGAGUGGUGCUGGGCUUGGUGAGCUUUCAACAAAGCCGCUGCCUGCAUUUUCUCCCAGCAUUUCAGUGCCUUCACCUUCACCAAGUGCUUCAGUUCCAGAGAGAGGAAGAAGAGUUUCUGAUGCUCCUACCGAGACCACAGACCUCUCAACCACACUCUCCAGCCACAAGAAGGGAGCAUCUCAGCCUGCAGUUAACCAUGGUGUGUGGAGCACAGCAGCAGAAAACCUCAUGUCUUACCCAGAUACAGCCAGAGAGCCUCACGCUGGCCCUCUGCUAUCCUCUACAUCAUGGCCUGGAGCAGGACACCUCUCACCCAGCCAAGCAGGGUACCCGGAGCCUAAGUUCAACCUUUCGUCCAAGGUCUCCACCUACUUCUCAGCUGCCAGCGAACCUUCCACCAUGGGCAGAAUCCAUCACUCCCUAAGCAGCCAAAAUGCAGAGGAAGGGAUGUCCAGCCCCGUGACUGAUCCUGUGUACAAUUCAUCCACGUCUGCUGGCAGUGGAGAGAGGACACUGCACUCGGUGAUGGGCAGCACGCUGGCCGAUGGCACAGAGAGCUCCGUUUCCUUGGCCGAAGCCACCGACACUCCAAGGCUGUCUCAGGCAGCUUCUGAGGAGCAGAGCAGGACAGUCCACACCUCCACCAGCAGUGGGGGCUUUGCAGGCUUUGUGACUGAGACAUUCUUCACACGUUCUUCCAAGAUACCCACUCACUCCUCUUUCCAAAGCGAUCUCACAAGCUUGUCAAGUAGCCAUCAGCCAGUCAGUGGCAUCGAUGCAGAGAAAAGGACCUCGGCUUCUCAUACAGAUGGCACAUACAUUUCAACCACAUAUACCAGAGGAGGAGAAAGGACCCUUCUGUCCAUCUCAAAUAGCAGCACCUCUGCUGACUCUUCAGAAAGUUCCACCUUUUUUUCUGAAAUUUCCAGCCCUUCUGAUUCAUCAAAAUCUCCUGUGGACAAAAGGAGCAAUGUAUCCAGCGAUGGCAGUUUUGCUGAACCAUCAACAGAGCCCUUGGUGGUACACUCUUCCGAACUGUUGACUUCUGCUUCUGCAGAUGGCAUACAAAAUACCACUGUCUUCGGCACAGACUCUGAGUUGUUGACCACUGGCAGAUCAUCUCUAUCUACAUCAUCAUUUCCAGCCUCUUCCUCACUGUCAUCACUGCAUCAUUCAUUGUCAUCAACACCACCACCGCUGAUGUUUACAACAUCACAAGCCUCUGAGCCACUCUUAUCCUCUGUGACAGCAUCUUCACCCCCUGUGCAGGCUUUGUCAUCCUCCUCACCCACUUCCUCAGUGCUUUCUCCAUCUUAUUCAUUAGUGUCUUUAUUGCCUCUGUUUUCGUCACCAUCAUCCAUCUCACAGUCCAAUGACAGUGAUCAAGCAAGCACCCCUGUAGGUACAACUGCGGCCAGGCGGGUGCCCUCCACAGCUGCUGUGGCUGGGAGCUCACCCAAAGGGACCAAAAAGCACAGUGUUACACACCAGCCCCAGGACCGAACCAUCUUCACCUCCACCAAAUCUCCUUUCCCUACAGCACCCAUGGAGCAGCUUGGUGGACACAUUGUGACUGUGUCUGCUCCCACAAUGGUGAUGGAGACUGCCUUGCCAAGAGCUGCCACGGCCCAGGGAGGCAGCUCUAGGAAGGCAAUGCCCCUGCUCACCACAGCCAGUGAUACCCCAUGGGCUGGGGCUACAGAUACACCCCUUAGUCCCUCACCAGCUGCAACAAACCACAGUAUCAUUGUCCCUGCAGUGGCACUGACCACAGUGAAACCUUCUGUGCUGACAACACUGGCCACCAACCCAAGUGAUGCUACCACCAUGAAAGCCCACAGAGCUGAAACGCCUGCUGCCACUAAGCAUGUGUAUACCACUGGUGAAAGCACAGAAGCCGUGGGUACCACAACUGCAGGGCCUGGUAAAGUCACUGAGGAAAGCAUUCCUGUCACGAGUCCUUCUAAAACCCUUGCAACCAGCAAAACCACUGUGAGCAUAGCAACUACUUUGGCUGGCACCAAACCAACCACCAUUUCUCCGCCAAGUAGCACAACUGGGCUGAGGAUGUCAUCUCCAGGAACAGAUGUGGAUAAAUGCCUUUCUAACCCUUGUCCUGCGCUGGCCACCUGCAACAACACCCAUGGCUCCUAUGUCUGUCAAUGUCCUCUUGGAUAUGAGCUGGAAAAAGGGAAGUGCAAUUUAGUAAGAAUAUUUAUGGGCCAGGUCCCCCUGAAACUUAAUAUUACACAUGGGAAGUAUGCAGAGCUGCCCCAUGUUGAGGAUGAAAUCCUGACAAUGCUCAAUGCAUCACUGUCAGGCUUGCCAGGAUACCACCACUCUACAGUUAAGGCCACCAGGGAAGCAAAUUUUGUGCAUGUUUCAGUGCAAUCCACGUUCUCUUUAGCAUCCAAUGUGACUUUCUAUGACGUUGUCAGCAGUGUGAGAAGCUACAUUCGAGCUUGCAAAUCCCCCACUGAUGUCUGUCAGUUCAUCUCCAGCCUGAAACCACUCCACAGAGUUGGCAGCUUGUGCAAGCAGAAAGACCCUGAGUGUGACAAGGAAACUUCCGAUUGCACUGACUUCAAUGGAGUCGCCCUCUGCCAGUGCAAAAGUGGAUACUUCAAAUACAACAAGAUGGACCACUCCUGCAGAGCCUGUGAAGAUGGAUAUAAGCUGGAAAACGAGACCUGUGUGAGCUGCCCGUUCGGCUUAGGUGGAUUCAACUGUGGAAACCCAUAUCAGCUCAUCACUGUGGUGAUCGCGGCUGCAGGAGGAGGACUUUUGCUCAUCAUGGGCAUAGCACUGAUUGUCACCUGCUGCCGGAAGAAUAAAAAUGACAUAAGUAAACUCAUUUUCAAGAGUGGGGAUUUCCAGAUGUCACCCUAUGCUGAAUAUCCGAAGAACCCCCGGGCACAGGAGUGGGGCAGAGAGACCAUAGAGAUGCAGGAGAAUGGAAGCACCAAGAACCUGUUGCAGAUGACAGAUGUGUAUUAUUCGCCAACUGGACUGAGAAAUCCUGAACUGGAAAGAAACGGACUUUAUCCUCCCUACACUGGUUUGCCGGGAUCUCGACACUCGUGCAUCUACCCUGGACAAUACAAUCCAUCCUUUAUUAGUGAUGAAACCAGAAGAAGAGACUAUUUUUAGCAAGGAGUGGAGAGGGAGCGGAAGGUUGGCACAGUUUCGUGGCCUGUGAUCCCCAGGUACAAUCUGUCUCCUGGGCAGUUCAGCCCACAUCAAUCUACUCUUCCCAUUUAACAGGAAGGACUUUGAACUUCAUGCCGAGCAUUACUGCCCUGAGGAAUGGUUACACUUGCUGAGCAGCAGAGAGGCAGGAGGAGGAGGGAAUGGCUCAAAGUGAACGUCACUAGAAGACCCAGAUGGAAGUUAACACAUGCACUCCAGAUUUGUUCUGUGCUGCUUCUUCACUCUUUACGCUACAUGGCAAGCAUGGAUCAGGACAGGCAGAGGAACUGUGCCCAGCACUCUGCAUUGAAUACCACUAGGGAGUGUUUUGUUUACAGACCUUUUUCACUGUUGACUGUGCUUGUCACCUUAGCCAACCUUCAUGCAAAAGUUCACUGUGCAUCUGCUUUUGGUAGGGCAAGUUUGUCCACUUCCUUUUACAUUGCUGUGUUGCUUUCUUUUUUGUAUGUGACAGGGAAGCUGGUAUGUUGUCUGUCCCUCAUCUUCUUGCUGGCAGAAG